AUGAACGAAGAUAACACCAAGAAUCACCAGAGAAGUAUUCUCGAACAAGCUCCUGCAACACAGCUCCUGUUAGAACGUUACAGAUGCUACACAACGCAAGAAUUACUUGAGUCUCUGGAUCUAAAACUGGCAUUAUUGGAGACAAUGAAUAGUUUGAAUGUUCUGAUGAUUUGGAGGGACGAUUUCAAUGCCAACAUCAAUAUUUUAAACGAAAAGGCGAUCGCUGCUUUCCAUGAAAAAUACAGCUCCCUCCAAUCAGUGGCUAACUCGCCGUCAAUACAUUCACAGAAUCUCAAUCAGUCUCGGAGAUCCAAGAAAGCGUCAGGUCUACGGAUAUCUGAGAUCAUAGAUCUGACUCUUGAUUCCAAUGAAGGCCGCGUAGACAUUGGCGUGGGAAAUUCCAGUGAAAAGGCCAGCAACUCGGCUGACUAUUCCAUACUUCAUGAAGUUGCGCAAAGCACAAUUAUCACCGCACCACCACAAAACAUUCAGAGUUCUGAUCACUCAUCGAUCAAUCAAUAUAUAGGCGAGAAGCCCGUACUUUAUGGAAGCGGAUCAACAGGCCCAGAGCUUGCCAUUCAGUAUGCUGAAACCCAAAUGCAAACCGCAAACUCAACGCUCAAGGCUCCAUUUGAUACUCAGCCUUUAUGUUCCGCACCUCAAGAGAUCUCGCUUCAAACAACAUCUGGCUCUGAGACGGUGCCUAGCUUCACGAAAGCCAGAAAUAAAGGCGAUUCCCACCGGUGCAAUGUUUGUUCCAAGACAUUCACAAGGGGGACUACACUCCGUGACCACACAAGGAGUCAUACAAAUGAGAAGCCUUAUAAGUGCAGUACCUGCAGAAAGGGUUUCCCAAGACACAAAGACUGUCGCCGCCACGAGCGCCUGCAUGAAAAUGCUAAGGAAUUUCAAUGUGGUGGUCAACUUGGAGAUGAGCGUUAUGGAUGUGGCUGGCGCUUCACAAGAAUGGAUGCGCUCAAAGCACAUUGGAAUUCACUGAGAGGCUCUGGAUGCUUGAAGCCAAUAUUUGAGCAAGUAAAAGAAGAUAUUUUCUAUGCCAAAGAUCUGAUAUGUGAUUGCGGCAGUAGAUUUGAAAGUGCAGAUGCUUUUAGCACACACCUUCAUGUUCCUUUGCAGUCAAAUUGCUUGAGACUUGUAAUCACGGGUCUAGCGAAAAUCUUUGCAUUGGAGGAUUAUGAUGACCGGCAAAGAACGAAGUAA